ACGCAGCAGCAGCAUCACCAUCAUGAAAGUCAUCGUUGGCAUUGGCGGGAUCACCAAUGGUGGGAAGACCACUCUGACCAACAAACAUAUGCAGGCACUGCCUAAUUGCAGAGUUGUGCAUCAAGACGACUUCUUUAAGCCCCAGGAUGAGAUAAAGGUUGGAGAUGGAUUUAAACAGUAUGAUGUUAUUAGUGCUUUGGACAUGGAUGCCACGAUGAGUACCAUCAAUGCUUGGAAGAAAAACCCAAACAAGUUUGAACAAUCUCAUGGCAUUAACACUAGAGCAACAGAGGAUUCAGAGAAGAAUACCAUCCAUAUUCUUAUCGUAGGAUUCUUGCUUUAUACUUACAGGCCCUUGAUUAAUGUAUUUGACUACCGGUAUUUUCUUUCUAUUCCCUAUGAAGAAUGCAAGAGGAGGAGAAGUUCAAGGAAUUACACUGUACCACAUCCACCGGGUUUGUUGGACGUUCACGUCUGGCCCAUGUACGUCAAACAUAAGAUGCUAAUGGAAUACCUUAAUGUUGAUGUGGUUCAGUUGGAUGGAAGAAAAUCAAGAGAGGAGCUCUUUAAUGAAGUCUAUGAACACAUUCAGAACAGUUUAUAACUGCUGAGAUAGACAAGUGGUUGAAGGAUUCUUGUGAAGCAGAAGACACUUAUUCAGUAACUUAUUUUUUCUCUCUCCUACAUAUGCCUGGCUUGGCAGUAAAGUUCCAACUUCUAUGAAGAUUCCCCCCCUUUGCUUUUAAUAAAUACAUUUUUCUUGCUGACUUAAGUCUCUAAAAUGUGGCCUUGAUUAAAAAGCAUUUACCACCUU